UCCUGACAACCUCAAAGACGCCAUGUUAAAGAAACUCAACCUUAAGGAGGUGCCAAGGCUGGUGAAGAGAGACAUUGACAAUCUGGUGGUCCCAACACACAUCCAGAGCAAGUAUAUCUCCAUGCUUCAAAAGCACAAGGAGAGGACUAAGAGAUCUCUACCCAGCUUGGCUGGCAUCCUCAGGGGAAUCCCAGGCAAUGCAGGUAGGUUCUUGUAUUUGGCUAAGGGUGACAAUUGGAAAUAAGUGAAAACUAGUUAUGUCUAAUAUUACUGAUAAACCAUCCGCAGAGUAAAGUGGUGUGUAAUGUGCUGGUGUAUGUGGGGUGGUGCACCAGGCUAGACUGUGUUUACUGUCUGAGAUACCAAUCCAUUACACAGUGUAUUGACAUUGUUAUGUUAGACCAUAAGGCCUUUCAUGUCUCGAUCCAGACUGUUGAUGUAUGUUGGUAUGUAAAUGACAGAGUGAUGGCUUCAAUAACAUGUGCCCCUCCCUGGUAGAGUAUUGGAACCACUAAACACUUAUUGACAUGGUAUUUACUAAUUCCUUGUAGAUAUCUCUGGUGAAGUCAUCUAUGCAGAUCCAACCAAGCAAACCUUAGUGUUCGGAAUGGAGUCCAGGAUUCCCCAAAACAGCGAAGUGACUAUGGCAGAACUAAAACUCUUCAAGUUGCCCUUCAUUGCCAAGGGGCUUCCUGACAGACGAUUGCACAGACCAGUCAACAAUGCCAGGGUCAGUGUCUACUACGUGGAGAUGAUGAAAGAUGGAAGCAACAGGACUUCUCUGGUGGAUUCCAGACUUGUGCCCAUUAUGGAAUCUGGCUGGAAGAGUUUCGACGUCACCCACGCUGUGCAGUACUGGUUGAGAAGCAAAGGGCAAUCUAAUAUGCAUCUGGAAAUUAGAGUGGAUGGAGAGAGACAUGGGAACUACGCUGCGGAGAUGGCAAAACUGGUCCGAUUCACCACCCAAAAUCCAUCUGACAAUGCAGUGGGCAAACCAGAGCUGGUUCUCUACACGCUUAAUCUGGAUGACCACGGUGCCCGUGGAGACUGUUCAGCUCCAGGAGCCAAGAAAGACCACAUCUGCUGCAGAGAAGAAUCAUUUAUCAACUUCCGGGAGCUCACCUGGACCCAGUACUGGAUCAUUGAGCCAGCGGGUUACAAUGCGUUCCGCUGUACCGGAGGCUGCCGUCAGCCCCACGUUUCGGCCCUUAAAUUCCGCUAUGGGGAGAGGAUCUGUGCCGUAGUAGAAAGCUCACCCUUACCAGUCAUGUAUUUAGUCAAGAAGGGCGACUACACAGAAAUAGAAGUGGCAGAAUUCCCUAAUAUGAUCGUGGAGAGAUGCGGUUGCACCGCGGACAAUAUUUCCAUCAUCUAGCGGCGUGGCCCUGUUGUGUCGCUGGAUCGUGCACAGUACUUAUCGAUGUUUGAUUGAUGUCUGCAUCGUGAACUUCCCCACGGCUGGCAAACUCUGCCGGAAAAGAGACCGAACGCAUGAACUCUUCUAUCCCAGACGUAUGUUCACAGAAUGUUAAUCAUGGCCGUGUAGAAGCACUUACCUGUAUAUAGCGCAUGUAUAUUUAUCACUGACACUCGGCAUGGUGACCGAUGUGAUUUUUUCUAUUUGUCUUAUAUGUUAUUUUAGGCAGACUCCGCAGGUCUGGACACACAUUAAUAAAUUACUUUAUUACAUAUGUGCUUAUAUUUGUAUUCAUGGACAA